AUGCUAACAGCUGAUGUUGCAGAAACAGCCCAGCUCAUCCGCAAUCAACCCUCUCUCACCAUGGAGGGCGCCUUCAACCAUGUAGGCAACCACCUUGUCUCCGACUCAGCGGCCGCGAUCAACGCUGGCGCCGAUGACCUUUCAGGCCUGGGACCCAGCGAUGGUCUUUUCUACAGCAAGGCUCCUGGAGGCAGCACCAGCCGCCGUCUGAACGAUGACGGAAACCGACUCGAACCAUACGACGAUGACGACAAGGACAGCGUCAGCACCCCUGUCGAUCCUGUCACUGGUCUCAAGAUGAACGGGCACGAGGAAGAGAAGGAGCUGCCGGAGCAUGCUUGCGCCUACUGCGGAAUCCAUGCCCCCAGCAGUGUCGUCAAGUGCCUUGCCUGCAAGAAAUGGUUCUGCAGCGCCAAGGGCAACUCCACCUCGACCCAUAUCGUGAACCACCUUGUUCGCGCCCGCCACCGAGAAGUCCAGCUUCACCCCGAAUCGGCCCUGGGCGACACGACGCUUGAAUGCUACAGCUGCGGCACAAAGAAUGUCUUCCUUCUGGGCUUCAUCCCAGCUAAGUCAGACACGGUUGUGGUUCUGCUCUGCCGACAGCCAUGCGCCGCAAACUCGUCGAACAAGGAUAUGAACUGGGAUCUCUCACGCUGGAUGCCACUCAUCAGCGAGCGCGCUUUCCUGCCAUGGCUUGUGACGCCCCCCACCGACGAGGAGCAGCUGCGCGCUCGCCACGUUACCCCUAGCAUCUGCGCGAAGCUCGAAGAUGUCUGGAAGUCCAACCCGGGACUAUCCAUCAACACAAUGUCCUUCAAUAUGUCGGAAUUAACCAUCGAGGAGGAGGAAGAUCCUCUCCCUGUUGUUGCCGCAUACGAUGACGCCUUCCACUACCAAAACAUCUUUGGCCCCCUUGUCAAGAUGGAAUCCGACUACGAUAAACAACUCAAGGAGGCGCAGGCUGAAGACAAUCUGCAAGUGCAAUGGGAUCUUGGGCUAAACAACAAGCACAUUGUGAGCUUUAACCUUCAAAAGAUCGAAUCAGGCGAUGUGAAGCUGGCCGUUGGUGACGAGAUGCGUCUCCGAUACAAGGGCGAGCUGCGCCAACCUUGGGAGGGUGUGGGAUAUGUUAUCAAGAUCCCGAACAAUCAGUCGGAUAAGGUUACCCUCGAGCUUCGCAAGGCAGGCAACGAGAAGAACGUACCUACUGAUUUGUCGCACAACUUCUCUGCCGAUUACGUCUGGAAGGCCACAUCGUACGAUCGAAUGCAGUUGGCCAUGAAGACGUUUGCCAUUGACGAGAUGAGUGUGUCCGGCUACUUGUUCCACUCUCUACUUGGCAAGGACGUACCCCUUCAGCCCAUGAAGCUCAGCCUGCCCAAGAAGUGGUCUGCGCCAGGCUUGCCGGAUCUCAACAACAGCCAGGUCAACGCCAUCAAGAGCUGUUUGCAGCAGCCAUUGACGCUGAUCCAAGGUCCUCCUGGUACCGGAAAGACCGUCACGUCCGCGACAGUCAUCUACCACCUGGCCAAGUCAACCGGCAACCAGGUCCUGGUGUGCGCUCCUUCAAACGUUGCCGUGGAUCAGCUUUGCGAGCGAAUCCACAGGACCGGCCUCAAGGUCGUGCGUCUCACUGCCAAAUCGCGCGAAGACGUCGAAUCAUCUGUCAGCUUCCUUGCUCUGCACGAGCAAGUACGCAUGUCUGACCACAACACUGAGCUUGUCAAGCUUUCUCAGCUGAAGACGGAUGUGGGCGAGUUGUCGAGCCAAGACGAGAAGAAAUUCAAACAACUCACCAAGGCGGCCGAGCGCGAGAUCCUGACAAAUGCAGACGUCGUCUGCUGCACUUGCGUUGGUGCCGGCGAUCCUCGCCUGUCCAAGAUGAAGUUUCGCAACGUCCUGAUCGACGAGUCCACGCAGUCCGCCGAGCCUGAAUGCAUGAUCCCGUUGGUUCUCGGCUGCAAACAACUGGUUUUGGUCGGUGAUCACAAGCAGCUUGGCCCCGUCAUUAUGAACAAGAAAGCCGCCAAGGCUGGUCUCAACCAGUCGCUGUUUGAGCGUCUCGUGAACCUGCCAAUGAACCCGAGGAAGCCGUCCAUGCUCAACACGCAGUACCGCAUGCAUCCUUGUCUUUCCGAGUUUCCCUCGAACAUGUUCUACGACGGCCGGCUUCAGAAUGGUGUCACGGCCGAGUCCAGACUGCGCAAAGACGUGGACUUUCCCUGGUCGCGACCCGGCAUGCCCAUGAUGUUCUGGACGAACUUGGGCCAGGAAGAGAUCUCGGCGUCGGGCACAUCGUACCUCAACCGCACAGAGGCCAGCAACGUUGAAAAGGUUAUCACUCGCUUCUUCAAGGCAGGCGUAAAGGCGGCUGACAUUGGGGUCAUCACGCCAUACGAGGGCCAGCGCAGUUUCGUUGUCACCACCAUGCAGAACACCGGAUCCUACAACAAGGAGAUGUACAAGGAGGUGGAAGUGGCGUCGGUCGAUGCGUUCCAGGGCCGUGAGAAGGACUUUAUCGUCCUCUCCUGCGUGCGAUCCAACGACAAUCAGGGCAUUGGUUUCUUGUCUGACCCUCGCCGACUGAAUGUUGCCUUGACCCGUGCCAAGUACGGUCUCGUCAUUCUCGGCAACCCAAAGGUUCUGUCCAAGCAUGAGCUGUGGCACCACUUGCUGGUGCACUUCAAGGAGCGCAAGUGUUUUGUUGAGGGACCACUCGCCAAUCUCCAAGCCUGCUUGAUUCAAUUUGCCAAACCCAAGGUCAGCUAUCGCCCCAAGAAGAACCAUCAACAGCAUGCUGCGCCGCCAGGACAGAUGAACGGCCGCUACUUCCAAAACUCGCUGCGCGAGAUGGAGUCCAACUACAUGUUCCCCAACAUCCCUGACGAUGUGUCCUCAGUUCAGGGGUCGGCCUUUGGUGGCGCCACACUAGGCGGUGCUUUCCCUAGCAUGUUCUCCAACUUCACUGCUGAGCAUUGGCCUGGCUUACCCGGCGCCGGAGGCCCCGGUCACGGACGCAAUGGCAAGCCGCGGGGCCGAGGCCCCGAGAGCGUUGCAGGCGAGAGCGUCGCCAACUCAGAGUUCACCGAUGCUACUAGCAGCAUUCUUGGUGGCAAGGGCGUCGGUCAGGGCGGCGUUUCGCUCGGCGCUGACCUCCGUGAUGCCGUCACUGGUAUGAGGCCAUUCUCGUACAGCCAGAGCGAUCGCUUGCAGCACGACUCCCAGCUGAGGCAUUACGUGGAGAACAACGGCAGGGCAGGACCGAGCGGUGGCUACGGACGCCGAUACGACGAUGAUGAGAAGAGCGUCAGCACUGCCUUUCAUAGUACGGUAGGACGCGGCUUUGACUGA